AGCCGAAAUAACCAGGUCCGAAGUGCGUCACCACUCAUCCAUCGGCGACGGAUCACGAUCCGCAAAUCGAGGCCUUCAUUGCAACAUCGUUAGCAUCCGCUAAUUGUCAAAGCAAUGAAUAAUGAAAGUUCAGAUACACAUAUCCAUAGUAUAUGUAUCUUUGCCGAAGUCCUCAGGGUGAUUUCUAGAGAUCAAUUGUGGAUGUGGGCAGCUCGCCGUAUGACCAUCAAUAAUCGAUCUAAGGCCGAAGAUCGAGUGCGACAUGGGGGUCUGCUGCUCUCUUGGCCAAAUGGCUUUCUUAUAAAUUAAACUCGCAUUCAAUUCCCCCAUCUGUGGACCGACCAUUUCUCUUCGGGGCCAUAAAAUAGUUAUUAAAACUUUAAGUGGUGUAUUUAAGUGCCCACUAAAAGCGGCAGUCACCAUUUACAUAAUUUACAUUAUGGCAGAUAUGUUUACCUUACGAGAGUUUGGCAUCAACUUGAAAAGAAAGAGUCAUUUCAAGUAGAAAAACUGUAGCUUUUAGCUUCUUUAGAAAAAGUUCUGUAAUCUAUCAUUUUAUAUAUCUGCUUAGAAAGAAAUAGAUGGAAUGGUUGUGGUUUGAAAUAAUUUAUAAAUGGAUAUCUUGCAGAUUACGUAGAAGUUGAAAUACAAAUGAUUACAAAUGAUACAAAUGAAGAACUAGAAAAUCCCCCAAAAUACUUUCUUAGUUAACUGAAUUCAGAAAGUCAUUUCUCACAAAUCGGAGAAUACCCAAAUGAACAUGGCACAUCCAGCACACCCAACUCCAUUUCAUUGGAGUUUAAGCCAGCAGUUUUCGCUUCAAUUGACAGCCGCGGCAAUUACCUAAGUCUGGGCCAAUUUGGAUGGAGUGCAAACAGUGGGUCGGGCCACAAAAGCGGCGUGUGGAGCGGUGAUGGCGAUGAAAAGCCCAAUGACUUACAUUUGCCCAGAGCCAAGCGAAGGAGAAAGUGAAAUUUUGCAUUUCUCGGCGGCCGGCAGCAACAGCAAUAAGUCUUCGGACUGGUCUGGGCCAUUGCCAUUGGUAUUGGAGUGGUGCGGAGAGAGGAGCGGAGGAGCCCAGCAAGCGGAGUGGACCGGGCCCAAAGUCAAGCUCAGAGCUCGGAGCUUCAGUCGUGGUUUACAGCUCGACCCAAGCGAACGGACGUCUUUGAAAAGCGGACGCGGCAAAAACCGCACGGAAAACGCAACGAAAUCGAAAGUGUUCACCUACACCACGCGACGUGAAUCGCCAAGUGGUCGGCGAGGCGGGGGCAAUAUACCCAUCCGUAAACAUUACGUGUCACCAUGCCGCCGGCUGGUCAACAACUCCGGCUUACGGCCCUUGUUUAUCUGGCCUUAGGUAUUGCACUCUUAUGCAAUGGCAGCGAUGGAGAAACUAGGCAAAAAUACGCCAAUGAAUCACUCGCCGUCACGGACGUGGACGAUCCAUCUCCAGUUUGGUCGCAGUUUCUCGAAGAUUACGUCUUGAGCCAAGGCAGCAGUAGCAGUAGUAGUGGCAGUGGCAGUGGCAGCCGGCGAAAGUCCAAAGAUCUGCCUUAUAUGGGCGGGGAUAUGGGCGUCAAUGGACCGCUCAGCUAUCACUCAUCCGCCUACAAGCGACCCGGCAACAACAUCUACAUCACCAGGAGGAUCGGCGAGGCGGUGGAACUGGAGCCGCAUCUGCGAAAGCCCGUCGAGAGUCAGAGUCCCAUUGUGAAUCCCCAGUUCCGACCCAUGACCAAUCAGAUGUUGCACCAGCAACACCAACAGAUGCAGCAGCAACAGCAACAGCAGCAGCUGCAGCAGCAACAGCAACAGUUGCAGCAACGGCAGCAGCCGGGUUUCCUGCAGCAACUCUUUGGCAUAGGUGGCAGUGGCGGCAGCGGUGAUGGUGGCUUUAAUCCCACCCAGCAGCAUGUGCGCCCGGUGCCGCUGCAGCAGCAGCAGGUGCAACAGAUACCGCAGCAACACCCGCAGCAGCAACAUCUCGUGGGCGGUCAGCCGACAACUUUCCGAGCUGUCUCCGAAAAUGAUCUUUAUCUCUUGGGAGCCAUUGAGAAGUUGGUGUAUCGUGUGGAUUACCUUGAGAGUCGCGUGCGGCGUUCGGAGCAGCUGAUCUACUACCUGAUGGCCGGGAACAAUCAGAAGGAGGUGAAGGAUCCAUGUCCAGCGAACUUCACCCGCAUCAGCGACAACUGCUACUACAUCAACAGCCAGCAGCAGGUGAACUGGAAGACGGCCAACUCCGCCUGCAAGGGUCUAAACUCCCACCUGGCCGAGUUCGAGAAGGUCUCGGAGAACGAGGAGAUCAUGGCCUAUCUGCUGAACCAGCCGGCGCAUCGUGGUCGCGAUUACUGGCUGGGCGGCCUUAACCCCGGCCUCCUUUGGAUCUGGUCCAACUCGGCCAAGCCAGUGAAUCCCAACAUGAAUCUCACAUCCAUUGCGAUGGCCCAGAAGGGGGAGAACUCCACCGCCGCCAAUCUGGUAGACAGUUCGGAGCAGGCGGGAGAGGAGCAGGCGGCCGGCGAGGAUGUCCUGAACAACACGGUCCAAAUAGAGGGCAAGGGUCGCUGCCUACGGCUGAGCUACAAUGCCGGGAAGCACAGCUAUGUGUACUACGGACAGGAGUGCACAUCGCGGCACUACUACAUCUGCGAGCACGAGGACAAGACGCUGGACAACAAGAUCAAGAAGAUCACCCGCGAGCUGAAGCUGUUCGAGUGAGGAUGCG